UUCAGCAUCACAAUACGAAUGGCACCACUCUCACAAUUGACUACGCUCAAUAAACAUGCAUGCAUUAGUAAGAAGUUAUAUGCAUGCAAAAGAAUCCUCAAGUAUUGCUAAACAAGACAUGUGAAAGCGAACUUGAUUUGGAACUUCAUGAUCGGCAUGAUUAUCGGCGACUUUGUAAGAGGGGAAGAGACAUCAUUGCUUAGCGCCGCCAUGAUGAGGAUGAGACUCUACCUCGAGUCUUCCCGGUCGAUAGUUGUCAUUCGAUAGACAAAUGGGGUCCGUGAUUGAUCUUACGACUCAUACCUACCUAAUCGUAUACCCCUAUAAGCUUAAGCUCUAAGGGAAAUCAGGACUUAAACCUUUCCACCCGGCGCAUUCUUCUCCUGCCUUACUCCAACCUUUUUCAACUCUGUCUUACACCCUUUCUUCAUGUCCUAGAUCUUGUUAUUCCAGAGACCUGUCUAUAAUCAAGAUGGGUUUCAAAUCGAAGGAAACAACAUAUGAGCCACUGGUCUCAGACGAGAUCCGUUUCUCCCAAAGCUCUGAUAGUCUCGAGAGCCAAGAGAACAAGCCUAUGCUAAGAAGACGCUUCCAGAGAACAACUUCUCGGUUCGCUUCUUGGGCCAGAACAGGCGGCGCGGUUCUAGCACUUAUCAAUACGAUUCUCCUCGUAACUAUUGUUGUCAUACUGUCACUUUAUCAACACGAGAAAGAAUGCUCAGAGAUCCAGUGUGCUGCUAAGACCUCAUACUAUUCUCCACUCCUAGAAGAGGACUCCGGUGCCAUCGAAUAUGAAGUUCGUAGGUUCAAGGGUGCUCUUGAACAUACAAGCAUCUAUAAGGGAACACCAAACAAGGAGCUUGACGCAGCAUGGGAAGCGCUCACGCACAUGAACAACUCCGGUGUAAGCGGAGACGUUAUAGACCGCAUCGGAAAGUCUCGUGAUGCUGUGAAGUAUCCUGACUCCCAGGGCGGCCAGUAUGAUGUCGGUAUCGAGGUCUUCCAUCACAUGCACUGUCUGAACAUCAUCCGCCAAUACACAUACAAGGAAUACUAUUUCCGUGCUGAGAACAGGCCAAUGAGUUUCACAGAUUCUGAGCCCGUCAUUCGUGCUCAUCUUGACCACUGUAUUGAGAUGUUGCGCGAGGCUCUGCUCUGCCAUGGCGACGUUGGCAUUAUCACUUACAACUGGGUUAAGCCGUGGGGAAUCUACCCCGACUUCAGCACUCAGCACAAGUGCCGCAAGCUCGACAAGAUUGUCGCUUGGGCUGAUAAGAAUGCAUUGCCAGCAGCGGACCCAGAGCCUGAUGAGAACACAGUAUGGCUCCCGGGGCCACCUCAGUAGAUAGACCGUUCCAGAAUCUACCUACAAUCUAUAGAUUGUAGGUGGAGUGGAGAUCGUGGGGAGCAAUGGAUUUGACAUGUCCAAUAUGGGCCGUUUUUGGCUUGGACCAUGCUGUAUAUCUCUACGUGAAUAGGAUAACAAGAUAAGACUCCAUUGAUUCAAAGAAUAAGAAAUGCU